AUGAUUGGUAUCAUAUUAAUUAUAAUAAAUCGAUUAAUGAAAACCGCAUCUAUAUAUCUGACUGAUAAUUAACAGUCUCAAUUACAAUUCUCGAAUAGGUAAAAUAAAAAUCUCUUUAUAUCUGAUUUUAAUUUUGAGACAAGCCGAUCAAAAAAAUCAGGUAAUUCACCAUCUCCCAAAAAAUAAUGGAUCAAAGUCUCUACAGCAACUGAAAGUCUGCAGCUAAUUAUGACUCCGAACUUGCUCUAAAUAUAAAAUUUUAAUUAUCUGAAGAAAAUUUUCAAAAGGUGUGUGACACUGAUUAGAGCUUGUAUAAGAUUACAAAAAUUAUAACAUCAAAAACAAAAGAAGCCCAACACUGUUCUACGAAAGCCUUUAAAUGGAAAAGAAUCAUUAAGGGACACAGUCUUGAAUGAAAUAGUGUUCAAAUGGUGUCGAGGAAUAUGCAAAAAAUCGUUAUCUUCGAUAAAAUCACCUGUCUUUGAUUAUUUAAAAAAUCCUAAUUUCAAUACUAAAGCAGAUACUUCAAAAAUGUAGCUGAUUAAUGCUAUUAAAUUUAUAGUUGAAAGUCUUGCUUAUUAUACACAUCCUCAUUAUAUACAUUACGAUUUAAAAGGUUUCUUAUGUUCUUAAUUGUACCAAGAUUACAAAUUAUACUUCACUCAAUAUGUUUCAGAGAGAACUCAAUACAAAGUAGCCAUAUUAGAUGAGCUGUAAGAGAAAGAGGCAGCUCUAAUUGGUAUGGAAAUUAUAAUAUUUAAUCUUGCCGAAGCAAUAAUUUAAGACCAACUAUCUUGCAAUUUCAGUAAGAGGAUUGUCAUUAGUGCUCUAUAAUUACUAUUUAAAUAAUAUUUUGAUGAAAUGAAUUGUGCCAUCUGCAAUUAUGAUUGUAUUCAAGGCGACAUUAAGGUUACUAAUAAUAAACUAUAACUUACAUUUAAAACUCAACAUUCUGGUUCUUUUAAUUUAAUUGAUGGUCUUUACACCGAUGAAUAAAUUUCAAGCCUAUUGUAGUUCAAUAGAUCUUAAUAAGGGAAAAUUUAAGAAUAUUUUAAAAUGACAGUAAAACAUUUAGAAAAAUAAAUCGUAUGA